AUGAUAUGUAAUGGUCGAAAAGAAAUUCAUAAUGUGAAAGAACCUCCUAAUCGAUCAAAAUCAGUAGAUGCAGCACGACUAUGUCGACGUCAACAAAAAGAUAUACAAAAAAGUCAUAUUGAACCAAAAUCAUUAGAAGACUAUGGAUUACAUUUUCAAAAUGACAAACUUGUUUCAAUAAUUGAUGGUAAACCAUUUGAGUUUCAUGUAUCUCCAAAUAAAGAAGAUAAUUUUGAACGAUACAAUGCAAUUGGUCGAUUAGUUACUAACUAUAUAUAUGAUCUAUUAGAGAAAGAAUGCCAUUUGAAACGUAUAACAAUACCUCUUAAACCAAACAAAUCGGAACCAACUGGAUUUUUUUUUGCAAGUGAUAAUUAUAAUAGAGCUGAAUGUCUUAUGAUAAUUAUUCAUGGUACAGGAGCUGUACGAGCUGGUCAAUGGUCACGAAGAUUAAUCAUUAAUGAAAAUUUAACAAUUGGUUCACAACUUGAUUAUAUUAAACAAGCUCGAAUGAAUAAUUAUGGUGUAAUCGUUAUGAAUACUAAUUUAAAUAAAGAUGAAUCUUCUGGAUCAAAUUAUAAUGUAGAACAACGUAUUCGUGGUAGUUCAUGUGCUGAAGAACAUGCUUGUUAUAUAUGGGAAAAUUUUGUUCGACUAUGUCAGGCUCGUCAUAUAUGUAUUAUGGCACAUUCCUAUGGAGGUGCUGUUGUUCUUGAAUUGGCUGCAAAAUAUACGAUUGAAUUUAAUAUAGGUGUUUUUGCUGUAGCAUUAACAGAUUCACCUAUGAAAACUUAUACAAAACAUGUUAAGAAAGAUGUUUUAACAAUGCUCAAAAAAAGAACAAUUAAUUGGGUAGCUGAUAAUCAUACGGUAAAUACUCAUUUAGCCAAUAGAGAUUAUGGUGAAAUACGUUCAGCAGGACAUUUAUUACAUGAAUGGACAUCACAUACAGCUUUUCCACAUAUAUUCAAAUUUUUUGAAGAUGAACGUAAAAAAUUAAGAAUGAUAUAA